AUGGUCGGCAUUGUCGCCGUAACGUGGAAGUUCAGCGCCGAGAGAGAAGUAUGGGCUCGCAAGCCGGAGCCUGGAGAGUGGCACCCUAGCCGACUCUGGUCAAAGCAGUUGAUUCAGUGGGACAAGGAAGACCGGGUGAAGGAGCAGGCGAAUGCGAAGGAGUAG